CUCUCCCUCCCUUUUACUCUUUCCUCCAGGAUGGUAUUGGUUGGUUGAAUGGUUACUGGGAUUGGUGUAGGUAUAUUGAGUAUGAUUGUUCCUGUAUAUAAUGCUGAGCUGGCACCAAAGACUUUAAGAGGGCGGCUAGUCUCACUGAACCAGCUCUUCAUCACAGCCGGCAUAAUGGUCAGUUUUUGUGUCAGUGUUGCUGUUCAUACAGUUGAUUUUAGUUGGCGGAUAGCACUGGGUCUCCAGUGUGUGUUAGCUGUUGCACUUAUCAUUCGAAUGGUAUUUUUACCAGAGACACCCAGGUGGCUAGUGAAGAAAGGGAAGAGCAAGAAAGCAGAUAAGACCCUCCACAGGUUACGUAAGGACUACACUGAGAAAGAGAUAAAGGAAGAACUGAACGACAUUGAGUUUACUGUACAGAACUCAAACAAUUCUUUAAGGGACGUAUUUAGUGACAUAUUUAGAUGGAGGAUACUGGAAAGGUGUUGUUGUCCAUGGUCUAAUGCUUGUAGGGUAAGGACUGCACAAGAAGAGGACACUGUAGCCAUUGUUGGUAUAAAGAAUGAGAACAAAGAUGAUACGAGUGAUGAGGCUGAAGAUGAUGAAAAUGAGUCACUGAUAAAAGAUACAGAUGUUCUUGAGUCUAGUCUUUCAGCUAAAUUUGACAAAUAAUGGAUGAAGCAACCUUUGUAUCAUUUUGUGUACUGACAGUAUUGUUAGAUUUUAUGAUGCAGACAGAUUUUAUUAUUUUGCUAUUAUUUAUUUAAAUUUAUGCAUGCAGCAAAUUGUAAAAUGUUACACAUUAUAAUAACAGAA